AUGUCCGCGCCGUCGCUCCUGGCCAAUCCUGAGCCGCCACCGCCGGUACUCUCUCUCCUCCGCGGCCCGCCGAAGCCCGCAGCGGGCCCGCGCGGCCCGUCCGCCCUGCCGCCGCGAGCCCGCACCGCGCCGCCCCGCGCGCCCGUCGCUCCGCGCCCCCGCGCCUCCGUGCCCGCUGGCCGCGAGCUCCAGACCGGGAGGAGCCCGAUCCAGAGCCCCGCGCCGCUCGUCUCCCAUCGCUCCGGCCGGCGACCGCCGGAGUCCCUCCCGCCGGCGACCGUCCAGAAAUCUUGUGAACUCGGAGUCCGUUUUGUUGAAUUGGAGAAGAAACAUAUUCAACUCAACCUCGAUCUGGAACUGGCCAAGACAAACCUGCAGAAGGCCAAGGAUGAAGCUACCGGGAAAAUGAACCAAGCUCUGGCGAAAAAGGACCAAGACCUUGCGGCCGCAUAG